AAAGAUAAGUGGACAAUCCUAUUCCUCUCUUUCACACACAUUAGCCACCUCCUGGAAAUUUUAUUGUGGAAAUAUGGGGUCUUUCUGACAAUGGCUGUUUUUCUCAUAAAUCCUGUUGUUUUCUUUUUAUUCUAUGAAAUAUGAAGUAUAAACUGAAUAAGAAAACUAGUUCCACGGGCAUGUGAUACCUCGAGCUAUAGUUUCAUUGUGAUUACACUUUCCUUUGCCCUUCAUCUUCAUGUUUCAAUCUUGGGUCUUUAACGGAUCUGUUUGCUGAGUUUCUGGCAGUAGAAUAACCGGGGUGAGGAUACUGUUACGAUAUGGAACUUGGUGCUACUCAGAGUGUUGAUCUUCCAUAUCACAGCACCAUUAAGAUACAUCGGUUAAUGUGCUUGGAGCUGAAGAAACUCGUUGAUAGCAUUUCGCCCAUGUUUGCAGCUCUUGAGUCAGCUCGGCCAGGAUGCACAUUAGGAAUGCGUGCAUUAUGCUCAUUACAAUCGGCAAUGGAUAAAGCCAACUUACUAAUCCAGCUCUGUUCUGAAUCCAGCAAACUCUACUUGGCAAUUACAGGUAAAGGUUUACUCUUGAGGUGUGAUAAAAUUCGGAAAACUUUGGAGAUUUGCAUGAUUCAAGUUCGAGAAAUGGUUCCAUCGGUGUUGGCUGCAAAGAUAGCUGGAAUUAUAGAUGAACUUAGAAGUGCAAGGUUUCAAUUAGAAGCUUCAGAACAUGAAGCUGGAGCAGCUAUAAUUGCACUGUUAGAACAUGACAAAUCUGCAUCAGCCUCCAGGAAGCAAUCUGAAAUCGAGGCUCUUCGACUUUCUUCUUUGAGACUGAGUAUUACAUCUCCUUUUGCUCUUUUGAUAGAGAAAAGAUCCAUCAAGAAACUGCUUGGAAGUGUCCAGGAUACAAAUCCAAAUAAAAGGAAAGUCUUGACUUAUCUCUUGUAUCUUCUCAAGAAACAUGGCAGGUUAAUUUGGCAACUCCAACCUAAAAGAACGGAAGAAGAAAGCCUUUUUUCAUUGAUGAAAGAAGAUGGAGAUGAAAAUGUUGAAACUUCAGGCUAUGAUUUCUUCCUUCCUAUAACUCCUGACCAAAUCAUAUGCCCAAUCUCUAAGAGAUUGCUUUAUGAUCCUGUAAUUAUUGCUUCUGGGCAAACAUUCGAACGAGUUUGGAUCGAGAAGUGGUUUAAUGAAGGCAACCAGAUGUGCCCUGUGACUAAUACAAAGUUGAUGCAAUUUUCCCUCACACCAAAUUUAGCAAUGAAAGCCCUUAUUUCUAAGUGGCUUUUGAGGCAUGGCAUCAAUGUUCCUCAACAUGUAAAACCAGUUCCUUCCCUGCUUUCCUUACGUCAACCUUCUUCCUGCUCCAUUGCCAGCUUUGGCACUUCCGUGCUUGGUUUUCGACUCGAAAUAGGGAGCGUCACACUUGACUCAGUGAGUACUGAUUCGAGUUUAGAUUUUUCGGACAGGAAAUCUAAUGAUGAGAUUAAGUCCAUGCUGCCUCAGGUUGCUGCGGAUUCCCACCAUCGAAUACAUCAUCAUCAGUUAAGUACUGACGGUAUUCGUGUUGGCUGUCUUUCUGAACUUGAUAAACAUUCCUGGAUAUCUCAAUGCAAGGCUGUUCAAAAUGUCAAAGGGCUACUAGAAGACAACGAUAAGGCCCAGCAUUUGACCUUUUCAAAUAGUCAUGUUGUUCCUGUGAUUAAAUUUUUGAAGGAUGCAAAUGAUUUAUGUGAUGUAAAAAUGCAAAAAGAUGGAGCAGAGGUGCUUUUGGCGAUUUUAAGUGGCCGCAGAAUCGAAUUACCACCCUGUCAUGAAGAUGUUAUCUAUUUGUUGGCAUCAUUACUGGAUUCAGAAACAACUAGAGAGUGCCAUGCAAUACUGGAAAUCUUAUCCUGGCAACAGUACUAUAAGUCCAGAAUUGUGGCAUGUGGCAUUUUGCCUUCCAUCCUAAAACUUCUGGACACUACAGUCACAGAAUUUAACAUGGUUGCUCUGAAGAUCCUAUGGAAUUUAUCGAAUGGCAGCAAUGUUGGUUACCAUAUUACAUAUUUGGGUUAUAUUCCAAAGUUGGUUUCUUUUCUUGAAGAUCCAAAUGUUGCAGGGUAUUGCGUUGGGAUUAUGAACAACAUACGUGACAUUGAGGAGGCUAGAAUUGAAGCUGUUGAAGCUGGUUUAUGUACUUCGAUCGCCACAAUCUUGGAAUCCGGUAAAAAGGAAGAACAAGAAGUUGGUGUUGAGUUGCUCCUGUUUCUAUGCUACGAGAACACAGGAUACUGUAAAAUGAUAAUGACAGAAAACGUAAUUCAAGCUUUGUCCAACAUAUCAGUGAACGGGAGUUCUAAAGGAUCCGAGAAUGCAUUGACACUGCUGGAGCUCAUGGACUGGAUGAAUGCUUCUCAAUGUUCAAGAUCUGGAAGCAGAUGGAGCCAAGGAAAUUCAAAUGUCUCCUCCAGCACCAGCAAUAAAUCCAGACUCAAAAUAUCAUCUUACAAGGCAUUGGGAUGUUUGAGAAAGAAAUUAUCAAGGUUUUUAUUGAAUGUCCUACAUUGACUUUUGGUUUCUUUUUUCUCUCCAGGAAUAGGCAUAUGGUAUUUAUAUUAAUUUACAUUGUAAGAAUAUGUAGGGGGAUUAGCCCUGAAUUUUGUUAGUUCCAUUUUGGAUCUUGUAUUCAUAGUGUAGUCCUGUUAAUAAUAUUUCCAGGGUUUGUUUUGUAAAUUGACUUGUACUCGGUUUUGGGAUGUCCUGUGGAUUGGUUGGUUUCUCCAAUGUGGUUCCCAACACUGAUACAACAUGAUUUGAGCUUUGUAAGCUUCGAUGCAGUUUGCAAAGAAAAAUCCUUGGCCUGCAAUACAACAGAUGAAGGGUUAGGUUUAGUUCCA